AUGACGAUCGACAUAAAUCUUUUGAGGGAGGAGAAGGGCGGCUGCCCAGCAAAAGUGGAAGAGAGUGAAAGACGUCGAGGGAGAGACCCUUCAGUUGUUGAUAAGCUGGUGGCUGCGGAUAAGAAGUGGCGUGAGGCGACGUACAACAUGGAGCAGGGGCGCAAGGACUUGAACGCAGUAAACAAAGAGAUUGGGCAGCGUAAGAAGGCAGAUCCAAAGGCUCCGUGUGACGAUCUUGUUUCGAAGACAGCCUCUAUCAAGCAAAAUCUACAGUCCUUGGAGGCUCAGGCUGCAGAGGCGGCACAAACUAGAGAUCGCCUUCUGAGAGGUAUAGGCAAUCUAGUGCACGACUCUGUGCCUGUUAGCAAUGAUGAAGCAAAUAACAAAGUAGUCAGGACCUGGGGGACUCCCAAUAGGAUGGUUAUAGACGGAACUCCUGGGAAGCUUCAUCACCAUGAGGUGCUGGCGAAGCUGCAAGGGGUUGACUUUAAGAAGGGCGUUGAGGUUGCUGGGCACAGAGGAUAUUAUCUUAAGGGCCCCGCAGUAAUGCUGAACUAUGCUCUUAUUCAAUACGGUCUCAACUUCCUCAUGAAGAAGGGCUACCUGCCUGUGCAGCCGCCGUACUUCCUACGGAAGUCCGUCAUGGCUGCAGCAGCAGAGCUGAAAGACUUUGAGGAAACCCUCUACCGCAUUCCUCACGACAGCACCCAACAUCAGCAGCAGCAGCAGCAGCAGCAGCAGGGUAAGGGUAAGGAAGGGGGCAACAAGGGAGCGGCUCCGCAGCAGGAAGCCGAUCGUGAUGAUUUGUUUAUGAUAGCGACAAGCGAGCAGCCUUUAUGUGCAUUGCAUAUGCAUGAGCGUCUAGAGGAGAAGCAAUUACCUUUACGAUAUGCGGGGACCAGCACUUGUUUCCGCAAAGAAGCAGGCGCCCAUGGUAAAGACUGCUGGGGUAUAUUUAGGGUUCAUCAGUUUGAAAAGAUUGAGCAGUUUUGCAUUUCUUCUCCGGAGACAUCCUGGGAUAUGCAUGAAGAGAUGAUUGCUGCAGCAGAAGAAUUCUAUCAGAGUUUAGAAAUACCUUACAGAGUUGUAAGCAUCGUCUCAGGGGCUUUAAAUGAUGCAGCAGCAAAGAAAUAUGAUUUAGAAGGAUGGUUCCCAGGCUAUAAUGACUUCAGAGAAUUAGUUUCUUGCAGCAACUGCACAGACUAUCAGGCGCGCGAGUUUGAGAUACGCCUAAGCCCCAGCAAGAAGGAAGGCCCUGCUGCUGCGGGUGCUGCUGCUGCUGCUGCUGCUGAGAGCAAGCCCUUCGUUCAUCUGCUUAACGCUACUCUUGUUGCAACGCAAAGAUGCAUUUGCUGCAUUCUUGAAAACUAUCAAACGCCAACAGGUGUUAGAGUUCCUAGGGCGCUGAUACCUUAUAUGGGUGGGCAGGAGUUCUUACACUUCCCUAGCCAGCCUGAAGAUAGCAGCAAGCGUGAGGCUUAA